AUGAGGUUGGUGGAGUUUUUAUUGCCGUUACUGGUUAUUCUUCUAGGAUUCCCUGUAGUUUUCUGCUAUGGAGAAGGCACGGCAUCCGGCGGUGAUGUUCACGCAAUACCAAUUGAAAUUCACCGCAUUAUUGCGGUUGGAGAUGUGCAUGGUGAUACUGAAAAUUUUCGGCAAAUUUUAUCCAUGGCAGGUAUUGUAUCUUAUUCCUCCAAUGCCGACAAACAGGUGUUGUGGAAGCCGAUGUGGGAUGAGAAGGAGAUUGAGUUGCAUAAAAGACAUCAUACGAAGCUUCGAUCAACCCUUAUACAGAUGGGCGAUUUGAUAGAUCGUGGGGAGGAUGAUUUGGGAGUUCUUGAGAUGGCUUUUUCUCUUUUUGAACAGGUCAAAUCAAAUCAUACGAGUGAUAAUAUUGUGCUGCUUUUAGGUAAUCACGAGCUACUUAAUCUUCAAGAACAGUUUUAUUAUGUUCAUCCGGAAACUAUGGGUGGAUUUUUGAGCAAAACCUUGCGUAAGCGUGCAUUUGAACCCAGUGGUACGUUUGGGCGUUUUCUGUUGGACAAAUUCAAUGUACUGUAUUUUGACGCGGAGACCGUCUUUGUUCAUGCUGGUAUUGAUCAGCGUUUUGCUUCUGUGGGAGUGGAGAUGCUAAAUAAAAAAACGAUGCAGGCGAUUCGUGAAAAAGAUUACGGAAACCCUCUUCUUGGUACUUCUGGCCCUUUAUGGACACGAAAAAUGAUAACGGAUGCGGCGAAUGGUCGCUGCACAGGUAUUCAAAAAAUGCUUUCUUUUAUUGGGGCAAAAAGGAUAGUUGUAGGCCAUACGCCCCAGAGAUCAGGACAUGUGGAAGUGUUUUGUAACGAUAGCGUCAUUGCUAUUGAUGUCGGACUGAGUAGAUGGAUGUAUGGUAAUCUUGCUGCUCUUGAACUAAUGGUUACAUCAUAUAAAUGCGAUUUGGGUAUCUGCAGAGAUGUUGUUAUGCGUGAAAUAACUAAUUCAGAUGCUAGAAGAUCCCAAACAAUUGAUGAGAGUCUUAAAGACUCCUUGCUUUUGGAAGAACUGAUGCAUGCAGUGGAGGAAUUUUAUCAAUCACCGAAGGAUAACCCGCCAGAAGAUACGGAUUAUGAAUUGUGA